AUGGGAGAAGCUGCGGCGGCGGUUUCAUCGGAAUCCGGUGAGGGGAAGAGGGAGAUAUGGAUAAAGCAUUACUCAAGCUCUCACAGAAUACUUCUUGUAGGCGAAGGAGACUUCUCCUUCUCGGCCUGCCUUGCGAAGGCAUUCGGUUCCGCCAAGAAUAUGAUCGCGACUUCCUACGAUAAUUUAGAUAAAUUGCUGGAGAAGCAUUUGACUGCUAGGAGUCACCUUGAUGACCUUAAAGGCCUAGGAUGCACAUUAUUACAUGGAAUUAAUGUGAAAGACAUGCAUGAAGAUAGCUUCUUGAAAGCACAACGGUUCGACCGAAUCAUCUUUAAUUUUCCUCAUGCAGGACAUUAUUCAGGGCUCCGUGAAAUAUAUGAUGAGGUCAUUUUGAUGCACCAGAAGUUACUUAGUGAUUUCUUUAGCAGUGCAAGAUGCUUGCUAAAUGAAAAUGGUGAAAUACAUGUUAGUCAUAGGAAUGAUUAUCCUUAUUAUAAGUGGGACAUUACAAGUUUAGCAAAAGAGAGAGGUAUGUUCCUCAAGGACAUGGUGAAGUUUCAGAAGGAAGAUUAUCCUGGUUAUGAAAACAAGAGAGGAGGUGAUAUAAUGAGCAACGAGACCUUUACUCUUGGAAAUAUGAGUUUCACUUUCAAGUUUUCCUUGACUUCAAAAUUAGUUUCUCAAGCAAUUAUAUGUCCUCCUAACUUCAUUGUGUUUUUGGCCCCUAUUGCUGUGAAGUGA